AUGGCAACUUUGUUGUUUCCAGGCCUCUGUCGGCCUCUCUGCCUCUUCUUGGCUUUCUUCUGCAGCCUACCGUUACUAGGCAUCUGCAAGGAAUCAGAGAGCGAUAGACAAGCCCUCCUGUGCUUAAAGUCCGGGCUCUCGGCACCCGCCGGAGCUCUAACUUCAUGGAGCAACGUGUCCAUGGAGUUCUGCAACUGGCACGGGAUCACCUGCGGUGUGAUGUCCCCUCGGCGUGUCAUCGCGCUGGACCUUGAAUCCCAAGGCAUCUCGGGCUCCAUCCGGCCUUGCAUCGCUAACCUCACUUGGCUGGCAAGGCUCCAGCUGUCCAACAACAGCUUCGGUGGCGGCGUGCCGUCCGAGCUUGGCCUCCUGAGCCGGCUCACCAACCUCAACCUCAGCAUGAACACUUUGGAAGGUACCAUCCCGCCCCAACUCUCUGCAUGUUCCCAACUCCAAGUUCUCGGCUUGUGGAAAAAUUCCCUCAGCGGAGAGAUCCCAGCUAGCCUUAGCCAAUGCAAGCGCCUUCAAGAGAUUAACCUUGGAAAAAACAAGCUCCAAGGGAGCAUCCCUCCUGCUUUCGGAAACCUUCCUGAGCUGCGCAUAUUAGAUCUGGCCAGUAACACACUUACCGGCAACAUACCGCCAUCUUUGGGCAGCUUCCGUUAUCUCACAUAUGUUGAUCUCGGGAUCAAUGCUCUUGGAGGGGUCAUCCCCGAGUCCUUGUCAAAUAGUUCAUCUCUUCAAGUACUUAGGCUCAUGAGCAAUAGUCUUACUGGAGAACUCCCAAAGGCUCUCCUCAACACUUUGUCACUUGGUGCCAUUUGCCUCACACAGAACAAUUUCGUUGGUUCCAUACCUUCUGUUACUGUCAUCUCUUCCCCUCUUAAGCAUCUCUAUUUAGGGGAAAACCAUCUUUCGGGAAGAAUACCUUCCUCACUAGGGAACCUUUCCUCCCUACUUCAUCUUCGUCUCGCAGACAAUCAUUUAGUUGGGAGCAUCCCCGAGAGCUUAGGUUAUAUUCCAACAUUAGAGAUAUUGACCUUGAGUACAAACAACUUAUCUGGACCUGUUCCACCUUCUAUAUUCAACAUGUCAUCCCUGAAAAGUCUUGGCGCAUUUGACAACUCACUUGUUGGAAUAUUACCCAUCGACGUCGGCUACACCCUACAUAAUAUCAAGGACUUAAUACUCUCAGGAAAUAAUUUUGAUGGACCAAUCCCAGCCUCUCUUCUCAAAGCUUACCACCUACGCUGGCUUGACUUGAACAAUAAUAGAUUUAUUGGAUUCAUACCAUUCUUCGGCUCGCUGCCAAAUUUAGUGCAUCUCGAUUUGGCAUCCAACGAGCUAGAAGCAGAUGACUGGGGAUUUGUCUCUUCACUAUCUAACUGCUCCAGAUUAAACAUGCUGGCCCUCGAUGGAAACAAUCUCAAUGGAAAAUUGCCAAGUUCUAUUGGAAAUCUUUCAGAUAGUCUUGACUCGUUGUGGCUGAAUAGCAACCAAAUUUUUGGACCUAUACCACCGGAGAUUGGCAACCUUAAGAGCCUCAGUAUAUUGUACAUGGACUACAAUUUUUUCACUGGUAAUAUACCACCAACAAUUGGGAAAUUGCACAACUUGAUCAAUCUAUCCUUUGCGCAGAACAUGCUUUCAGGUCAGAUUCCAGAUACUGUUGGCAAUCUUGUCCAGAUGAGGUUACUCGAAUUGGAUCAUAACAGUCUCAGUGGAAGAAUACCAGCAAGCAUAGCACGAUGCACUCAACUCACCAAACUAAACCUUUCUUACAACUCACUGGAUGGGCUCCUACCUGGUUAA